CAUUAGCUACAUAAACUUCACUAUAGUAAAAACAUUACAUUGAUUUUACUGUGAAAUAUUUCUAUAACGGAUUAGCAAAAAUACAAAUUACCACUUAAAACACGACUUAAGUGGUAUAUAGAAGAACAACGCAAAAAUGGGUAAAGCAGAAAAGGGGACGCCAAAAUACAUAGCGAACAAAAUCAAAGCAAAAGGCCUGCAAAAAUUAAGAUGGUACUGCCAGAUGUGCCAGAAACAGUGCAGGGACGAGAACGGCUUCAAAUGCCACACAAUGUCCGAGUCCCAUCAGCGCCAGUUGCUGCUCUUCGCUGACAAUGCCUCCAAAUACAUAGACGAAUUUUCGAAGGAAUUCUCCGAUGGUUAUGUGGAGCUACUUCGUCGUCAGUUCGGUACCAAGCGUGUGAAUGCCAAUAAAGUUUACCAGGAUUACAUAUCCCAUCGCGACCAUCUCCACAUGAACGCGACCCAAUGGGAGACCCUCACCGACUUCGUCAAGUGGCUAGGCCGGGAAGGCAAGUGUGUUGUCGACGAAACCGAAAAGGGUUGGUACGUGGCAUAUAUAGACAGGGAUCCGGCUACAAUAGCUGCCCAGGAAGCAAAGGCGAAGAAGGAUAAGUGUGAUAAAGACGACCAGGAGAGAAUGUUAGAAUUUAUCAGACGUCAAGUUGAAAAGGGAAAGAAGGAAACGACGAGCGUUGAACCGAAAUUCACCGAGCUGAAGAGGGAGGGCAGUCAGGAAAAGUUGACCUUAAACUUGAAUAUGAAGCGGAAGGUCGAAGAAGUUAAACUAGAAAUAAAAGCUGCAUUCAAAAUGAAAGUGAAAGCUGAACCGGCGAAGAGAACAAAGACAGAGGAAAAGUCUAAACAGACGGCUCUGGAUGAGAUCAUGGCUAUGCAAGAGAGGGAGAAAGAGAGACACAACCGCAAGGAUCACUGGCUGGUUGAAGGCAUCAUUGUGAAGAUAGUUACCAAGUCGCUCGGUGACAAGUAUUAUAAGAGGAAAGGCACAAUAACGAAGGUUGUGGACAAAUAUGGUGCUCAUGUCAAGCUAACCGAUGAAGCGGUCACAUUGAAAUUGGACCAGAAUCAUCUUGAAACUGUGAUACCUUCACCGGGAAGACAUGUGAAGUUUGUGAACGGAGCGUACAGGGGACAGAUUGGUGUUUUAAAAGACAUCAACACUGACAAAUAUUGCUGUGACGUAGAAAUAUCAGAAGGUCUAUUAACAGGGAGAGUGGUGAAAGGCGUGCAGUACGAGGACAUUAGUAAAUUAUCUUCGGGACAAAUAAACUGAUUGUACUUUUA